UGUGUGUUGUGGUGAGGAGGAGCGGAAGUCGGAAGCUCCAGCCGUCACAGCCACAUUCACUGGGCAAGCCGACCGUGAGCCAGGAAGUGCUCUUGGGGAGCCCAGGCCAAGCCAUCCAUUCUUGGGUCCUUUGGAGGGGACUCCCAGCUUCAUCUUGCCUUCCAGGACCAUCCUGGAGAAGCUCGAGGAGAGGGUAGAUAUGGAUUCCCAGUUACCCCAGCGGCCAGUGCUCCCCCUAGUCCACACAGUGAGACCGUGAAAGCAGAUGCUCCAGGGGACUCCUGCACAGCUUUUGCUCGGUGGAUGAUGGGUGACUACAGAAUCUCUGACCACCCCCAGCCCAUGGAAAUUCUCAACCUGUACUUGGGAGACAGCCUGGAGCUCCACCCAGGAGAGUGCCCGAGGGAAACGUGCAGCCAUGAGGAUCCACCGGAGCCUUGCGAGGAGCAAACCUGGGCCACUGACCCUCCUGAACCUACCAGACAAAAUGUUCCUCCCUGGGGCUCCGGUGUGGAGCUCACACACCUGGGGAGCUGGGUCCAUCAGGACGGGCCAGAGCCUUGCGAGGAGCAAACCUGGGCCACCGACCCUCCUGAAUCUACCAGACAAGAUGCUCCUCCCUGGGGCUCCGGUGUGGAGCUCACACACCUGGGGAGCUGCUCUGCCCAGGGGGAGCACAGGCAGAGCACAGCAUCACCAGGGUCACAAGUGAACAGCCGUCUACCGGGGAGCCCACAGCAGAACCGGAGCACGUCCACGCAGGUAGUGUUCUGGGCAGGCAUCCUGCAGGCCCAGAUGUGUGUCCUAGACCUGGAGGAGGAGCUGGAGAAGACGGAAGGGCUCAAGGCUGGGCUGAAAUGCUGUCUCCCCACGCCCCCUGUGGACCUCCCCGGGGACACGGGCCUGCACUCCAGCCCACCUGAGAAUGAAGACUCAGGGGAAGACAGCAGCGAGCCUGAGGGGGAGGGCCAGGCAUGGCUGAGAGAGGGAACCCCGGACUCUUCCCCACAGUGGGGAGCUGAGGAGGAGAGCAUGUUCUUCAGCAACCCCCUCUUCCUGGGGAGUCCUUGCUCAGAGAACAGUGCUUCUGGAGAGUGCUUUUCCUGGGGGGCUUCAGACUCCCAUGCAGGUGUGAGGACUGGACCUGAGAGCCCAGCUACUCUGGAGCCUCCCCUCCCAGAAGACACAGUGCUGUGGGAGCUGGAAAGUGAGCCAGAUUUGGGGGAUGGCGCUGCUAUCAGUGGGCAUCGCACCCCUCCAUUCCCUGUGCCCGUCUAUAAACCACACUCCAUUGUCUGGGCCUCAGUGGCUGCCGCUGAGGGGGCUCCUGCAACACCUCCUGGUCACGGAGAGAGUGAGACUUCUCAGGGAGAUAGGCUUGGUCCUGCUCCAUCUGCAGCACCGUGUGUGGACGAAGCAUUGACCUGGGAAUCAGGAUGUGUUGGAUCUGAUCUUGGCCCUGCUGCACAUCCUGUGCAACCUUGGGCCUCUCUCAGCCCUGAGAGCUGGCAGAGAGGAGGUCCUUUUUGGCCCCAGGUGACUCUUAACUCCCAGGACAGAGAUGAGAGGGAGGCUGGGUACCCCCAGGAAUCUCUUCCCUGCACCUUGGCCCCCUGCCCCUGGAGGAGCCCAGCUUCUUCUCCAGAGCCUAGCAGCCCAGAAUCUGAGAGCAGAGGCCCUGGUCCCAGGCCCAGUCCUGCAUCGUCCCAGGAGGGCAGCCCGCAGCUUCAACACCACAGCUCAGGCAUUUUGCCCAAGUGGACACUAGACGCUUCACAGUCUUCACUCUUGGAGACGGAUGGGGAAGAGCCAAGUUCCUUGAAGAAAGAGGAGGCAGGGGAGGCCCCAAAACCAGGCGAGGAAGUAAAGAGUGAAGGAACAGCCAGGCCUGCAGAGACUGGAGACGUCCAGCCUGACAUUCGCCUGACUUCUGCAGAACAGCUUCCUGGGAGCCCUAUGCCCCAAGCACGGUCCCCAGAGGAAGGCCAGAGACCACCAACUGGAGACAAGCUAGCUAAUGGCGUCAGGAACAACAAGGUAGCCUGGAACUUGGCCUCACGCCUCUAUCGCCUGGAGGGCUUCCGGAAGUCUGAAGUGGCUGCCUACCUGCGGAAGAACAAUGACUUUAGCAGGGCUGUGGCUGAGGAGUACUUGUCCUUCUUCCAGUUUGGAGGCCAGAGCCUGGACCGAGCCCUCCGGAGCUUCCUCCAGGCCUUGGUGCUCAGUGGGGAGACUCAGGAACGGGAGCGAAUCCUCUACCAGUUCUCCAGACGCUUCCACCAUUGCAAUCCGGGGGUCUUCCCCUCAGUAGAUUCUGUACACACCUUGACAUGUGCAAUCAUGCUCCUUAACACGGACCUGCAUGGACAGAACAUUGGGAAGAGCAUGAGCUGCCAGGAAUUCAUAACCAAUCUGAAUGGGCUUAGGGAUGGCGGGAACUUCCCCAAGGAGCUGCUGAAGGCCCUUUACUGGUCUAUCCGCAGCGAGAAGCUCGAGUGGGCCGUGGAUGAAGAAGACGCAGCCAGACCUGAGAAGGUCCAGCCGUCCCUGCCAGCUGGCAAGAUGAGCAAGCCCUUCCUUCAGCUGGCUCAGGAUCCCACGGUGCCCACCUACAAGCAGGGCAUCCUGGCUCGGAAGAUGCAUCAAGAUGCAGACGGCAAGAAGAGUGAGUGUCUGCUGCCCACAAACAGGGUGGCAUGCUGGGAGCAGCCCUGCUCAGGGACCUGUGCCGAUGCAUGCACAGCGCCAUGGGGCAAGCGUGGCUGGAAGAUGUUCCACACCUUACUGCGAGGGAUGGUUCUCUACUUCCUGAAGCAGGGAGAAGACCACUGCCUGGAGGGGGAGAGCUUGGUGGGGCAGAUGGUGGAUGAGCCCGUGGGGGUGCACCACUCGCUGGCCACCCCUGCCACCCAUUACACCAAGAAGCCGCACGUCUUCCAACUGCGCACGGCUGACUGGCGCCUCUACCUCUUCCAGGCACCCACUGCCAAGGAGAUGAGCUCCUGGAUCGCGCGCAUCAACUUGGCUGCGGCCACGCACUCCGCGCCGCCCUUCCCCGCCGCUGUGGGCUCCCAGCGCAGAUUCGUGCGGCCCAUCCUGCCCGUGGGACCCGCCCAGAGCUCCCUGGAGGAGCAGCAUCGAUCCCACGAGAACUGCCUGGACGCUGCCUCGGACGACCUGCUGGAUCUGCAGAGGAACUUACCGGAGCGGCGGGGCCGUAGCCGCGAGCUGGAGGAGUAUCGCCUGCGGAAGGAGUAUCUGGAGUACGAGAAAACCCGCUACGAGACCUACGUGCAGCUGCUGGUGGCCCGCCUGCACUGCCCCUCUGAUGCUCUGGACCUGUGGGAGGAGCAGCUGGGGAGGGAAGCUGGAGGCACUCGGGAGCCCAAGCUCAGCCUGAAGAAGUCCCACUCGAGCCCGUCCCUGCACCAGGAUGAGGCUCCCACCACGGCCAAGGUGAAGCGCAACAUCUCAGAGCGCAGAACCUACCGGAAGAUCAUCCCCAAGCGGAACCGCAAUCAGCUGUGAAGCCAGCACCACCUCAGAGACACUGCCCCCUGCUCCAGGGUAGACCUGGGAUGAACCUCCCUGGAGGAGACUUAUUUCAAUGAGUCCACCGUGAUGGAUGAGGCACCUCCUUUCCCUGCUGAAGAACAAACCUCGUUUCCCUGUGGCCCUCAUUCUUGUGUCCACUGAAGCUUUCCUAAUACUGCUGUACUCCCCCCCCACCCCCAUGGCAGUCCCUCCGCAGCCCCAUCCCUGGCCACGCCCAAGGGAAGAGGGAGGUUGAGGACUUGACUUUCCUGCCAGAGCUCAUCCCAUGUCACCCUCCAGGCCCCAGAAUCCAGAGUGGCCUCAUUUCCUAGACCUGGGAGCUCAGCACUUGUUUGAGAACCAGUGCAUAUGUGGUGUGGCCUUGAAUUCUGGGGGAGAGCUUGGGGCAGCAGAGGCCCCUGGGCAGCCCAGCCAAGGGAGCCACAGCCCCGAGGAUGGUCUUGCUCUGGGAAGUAGGUGACCUUCCUGGGGAGGCCCCAGGAGAGUGAAUCAGGGACUCUUGAGAAAUUCCUAACCAGCCUCCUGUGACCCAGGGAGCAGGGUCGCUAAGGUCCUGCCCACCGAGGGGACAGCCUUCUGGGCAGGGACCUCGGGGGUCUUCAAGGGCUCCGCACGGCUGUGGGGCCCUGUGCCUUUGUCUCCUUGUGUAUCUUUUCCCCCUACAGUCUUCCUUUCCCCCGAAGCAGAUGAAACAGUCUCACAUAUCCAGCUGCUCAUCAACAGAGCAGAGCUGAGGCAUGAGUGAGGGCUGGGAGGGGUGGGGCCUCCAGAGCUUUGCAGGGAACCCUGGAACCCUGGGAACAAAGAGUCUUUGUUCCAACACAGCAGGGAAGGAGGUUCUCUAGGUUCAGACCACUGGAGAGGAUAGAGAGGUGAAAGGUGGCGACAGUUUCCCUUAGGGGUCUGCCUGGCAGGAGCCACAGGUCAGGAGAGUUGUGAGGGAUGGGAUGGAGGCUGGCGACCAGGUAAGGCCUAGGCCACGCUCGGGAGACUCUACUGUGCUCCUUCCUACACACGCCUUAAAGCUUCCUUCCUGUGGGAUGCCUGGACCCCUUCCCCAUCUCUGGCAGGUCAGAGGGUCUCUGCUGCUCUUCCCUGGGAAAUCCCCUCGUCCUGCCCUCUGGCUGCCUCCCAACUGGGCUUGUUCUCUGAGGGAGGUUCCGGAGACUCAUGGACUUGGGGCUCUGCCUGUAGGAAGGAGGCUGGGCCAGAGGGAGCAGCCACCAUUGUCUCUGUUCAGCCAAGUGUGCAAGUAGGCUGCCCGCCAAGAGGGGGCCUCUGCUACCCGCUGCUGCCUGCCGGCUGACGCACUGCCUCCCCAGCCUUCCUGCUAGGCCACCCUCCUCCCUUCCCAUGCUUGUAACCAGCUCUGGGGCCUGGACCUCCACAAAGUAAGGCUGGCCCUUGGAGGCCAUAUUUGGGUCUCCGGCCAGGGCCUAGGGCUAGGCCAUGCACCCAAUGGGUGCACAAUAAAUACAGGUCAACAAAGACGAA